AUGGAGAUUUCGGACCAGGCUUUGUUCGAUUCAUUUCAAGAUGAAGGAUGGAAGAAAAUUAGUAUCGUUGAGAGCUUAAUUGAUGACGAGCUAUUCGAGAUUUCAUUAAAAUUGAUUGAGAAAGAGCUUCAAUUGGAUUGUAAGGAAUUUAAGAGAUCUAAAGGUUUAAAUCGAAAAGAAGGGAACUUGAGGGUCAAAUGGUACUAG